AUGAAAAAUUUAAUUGUGUUUGAUGACAGGCUUCUGUGUUUUGUGGGAGCCUGCAAAACCAUGACCAAGACUUGCAUAAUCUUGGCCUUGUUGGUAUCUGUGACCGCGUCCGGUUUUCUCUGUGCGUUACCCGAUCGAAAGAUACAAGGAUUCUAUUGGGUAUUGGCGCUACUGAGUCUCGCAUCAGUGGUGGUGUUGGCUUUCCGUGCCAUAAUGGUGACAUUUAUCACAGUGUUGGUGCUGCUGAGGUUUUCAGGUUACCAUCGCAAGGUUUUGAUUCAACAGAGAUGGCGAAUUACCCUUGAUGUGACGUGGUGUGUGGGCAGCGCUAUAUUCAGAUCACAGAAGGGACUCUUAGCUCUGGCCUGUGCUACCCUUCUCAGCAUCUUCGCCACCUAUCAGUGA